GACUCCAGACCACAAAUGUCAAAUAGGUAACCAUUCAACUCAGCUGUGCUUGUGCUGUGCUCGCUGUGCCUUGCACAGAAAGGUGACUGACUGCUUGACGUUAAGUGGCUUGCUCCGUUGUUCUCUUUGAUUGAAUAUUUUCAACACAGUGAAGAAAUUCUAAUAAUUAUCGAUUAAACUCGAAGAACUAACGUACGUCAUGAGUGAAUUGAGUCAAGAAGAGAUACGACGACGUCGUUUAGCGAGGCUAGGAGCGCUGGGAGCUACAGCUUCAUCCCCUGCCCCUGGCAGUCCUCCAGCCACUCCGGGUGCUUCUUUGACUAACACUGACACAGUGAAUGUGCAGCAACCUUCGUCUCGCUUAUCACCGUCACCUCGGGGUUCCACAGAAUCAAACACAUCGUCGGAAAGUGCUACCAUAAAUAGAGAGAAUACUUUUGCAGAUGGAGUUAGUAACAGUGAAGUGCCAGAUCAAAAUAAAAUACCAUCAGAUAGUUUGAUUGUGACAGAAAAAACUGAAAAUAAUUUGUUGGAUGAGAUGCCAGACACAAAGAUGACUGAUCUCUCACAAACUAGACAGUACAACAGUUUUGACUCCAUGGGUGAUGACACAUUGUUAAGUUGUGGGUCAGUGCGUGUUGGUAGUUUGCCUCAGUCAGCUGUGAGUGGUUCUGAAGGUGCAUCAACAAGAGAGGACAGUACCUCCAGAUCUAUAUCUCCACCUCAAUUUGUGGAACCCCCACCAGUGAGACCACGGACUUGUGGUGCAUCCCCAAGCUGCUCCCGUCGCUCCCUCUCAAUGGAAGUAGAUGAUGUAUCAGAGAGAAAUUCACAAUCAGAACAGUCACAACAAGAACCUAUGGAUAUUGAAGAAGAUCCGUCUCAGUCACCGGCAAGAAAGAUCCACAGAACAAGGACAGUGAGUUGCACGGAACUAUCUGAAGAGCAACUUAGAGUUAUUGUUUCCAAAAUACUGCAAAUAUCAUGGUCUGAAGAGAUUGUGGGAGGAAUUUUUGUACCUAAUGUAGCUGCUAUGUUACUUGACAAUCCUAAACUUAGUUUAGAGGAAUUAGCAUCUGAGGCUCUCAUUGAUAUCAUCACUCAGCUUGAGGAUGGAGCUGAUCCAUUAAAUCAGAAAUUAAUUGCAAUUGCUGAAACAACUAAAAGACUGAUGGAAGACUGUGGGGAUGAUACCUUAACGAGUGGACCAUUAGGUUCCGAGACAGACAAUCAAAAAUCUGGUAAUACCGUAAACCUGGUUCUUCCCAAGACUAUCCCGACACAAGGUUUAGCCGUUAGCUAUCUUUUACGAUUCUACAAUAAUAUUAAUCUUUACGAGAGAGAACAUCCAAAGAAAAGUUCAGAACCACCUUUAAGUGAUUUAUUACAAACAUUAAGAACCUUAAUAGUUAACCAUUUGGUUUUGGUGCUUAGAGGGAAAUUUAAUUUGGAAAAAUGCAGAAAAUCCCCCUUGUUGCCUUACAUCUUAAUUGGUAGCACACCAAUUGGCCUAAUUCCUGAAAUACUUUUGGCUACUUAUUUAGAAGAAUCUUUUGAUGAGGUUUUUGUUCCACUCCUGUUGGGUAUAAGAGAGGAGAUGCGUCGGAGCGUGUCUCCACUGAACGGGCGGGGUCACGGGCAGGCGCUACGUGCACUUCGCUCACUAUGCGAGUUGCGCGCGGGGCCGCGUCACGCACUUCGCCCCGUCUGCGCCCUCAUCGUCCGCUUGCCCAGCCUCUGCCCUCCCUCCGUUACUACUGCUCCGGGGAGGGAAAUUGCAAGAGCCAGCUUCUUAGGACCAUUCUUUGCUGUGUCGCUUUUCGCGGAAGAGAAUCCUCGUCUAGCUGAACGUUUAUUUGCGUCUGGAUCCACCGAUCGUAGUCUCGCUUUCGCAUUGCAACGCGAAUUAGAAGCGAGCAGGAACACUCUGCAUACAAUCUGCCAUAAUAUAUUACUUUGUCCUGAAGCGAGAGAACCCUUCCUCAAUUAUUUUGCGGAACUACUCCAGAGAAAUGAACACAGAAUCCGCUACAGAAACGAUGACAGAUCAUUAGCUGGCGAUGGAUUCAUGCUGAACGUGUGUUCAGUACUACAGCUGCUUUCGAUCCGCAUCAAAUUGGAGCGCGUCAAUCCGUUCUAUACCUUCCAGCCCAACAACUGGAUAGACAUCCACGACGACACCCGCCUCUACUACACCUCGCAAGAGGCGCAAGACUGGCUGGACGCAUUGAACAAAGACCCCAAUCACAAAUGGCCCGAGGCGAAGUUCCAGACUGUCUGCUGGUUCCUGACUCUGCAUAUGCACCAUGUAGCUUUGAUACCAGCUCUGCACACUCACCAGCGACGCAUAAGAGCAUUCCGCGACCUGCAGAAGGUGAUAGAGGAGUUAAUGGGCGCGGAGCCUCAGUGGCGGAACACGUACGCCGCGCUACGCAACCGCGAGCUGUUGCGGCGAUGGCGAAGACAGAUCAAACGAUUGCAGAGGUCAAAACAAUGUGCGGAGACGGCGCUACUGGACUGUGAACUGAUGCGUCGCAGCUUGCAAUUCUACUCGUCAGUAUGCGUGCUGCUGACUCAGCAGUUAGAGGCUGCAAGGACCGCGGACCGGGCGCCCGCUAACCUGGAGAGCCCCGACGCGGGCAGUGGCAGCGAGAGCGCAGCCCCCAGUGCGGCGGAGGGCGGAGCACCCCGCGCACCGCACGGGCCCAGCGCGGGCUCGCUGGCUGAUGCCUUCCGCGCCACUCCAGAGUGGUACGUCGAGGAUAUUGCUGACUUCAUGCUCUUUGCUGUGCAAUACGUGCCACAGAUAGUGGCGGACUAUAUAGAGGAGCCGGUGGUGACGUGGCUGCUGACUGCGGUCUGCAACUCCCGCCUCCUCAAGAACCCCUAUCUUGUCGCCAAGAUCGUCGAGGUGCUGUUCGUUAUCAACCUAUCUAUACCGCUCAAGCUCAAAAAUGUAUAUGAAAGAUUCAUGGACCACCCAAUGUCACAGACGUCGUUGCCGAGCGCACUGAUGCGUUUCUACACGGACAUAGAGACGACCGGACAGAGCACUGAGUUCUACGACAAGUUCACGAUUCGCUUCCACAUCAGUAUCAUACUCAAGGGCAUGUGGGACCGUCCUAUACAUAAACAAGCUAUAGUAAAGGAGUCUCGCUCUGGCCGGCAGUUCGUUAAGUUCAUCAAUAUGCUGAUGAACGACACCACAUUCCUACUCGACGAGUGUCUUACGUAUUUAAAACGUAUCCACGAGGCACAAGAAGGUGGGCCUUCAACUGAGGUGCGAGCCAGAGCCUUGGCCCAGGACGAGAGGCAGUGUCGCUCAUAUCUCACACUUGCCAGGGAGACGGUGGACAUGUUGGAGUACCUGACGGUGGAUAUCAAGGAGCCGUUCCUUCGCGCAGAGCUCGUAGACCGGCUUGCCUCCAUGCUCAAUUUCAAUCUGCAGCAGCUCUGCGGACCUAAGUGCAAAAACCUCAAGGUGCGUCGUCCGGAGAAGUACGGAUGGGAGCCGCGGCGACUGCUCAGUCAGCUGGUCGACAUCUACUUGCAUCUCGACUCGCCUCACUUCCACGCUGCACUCGCCGCUGACGAGAGAUCAUUCCGUAAGGAGUUGUUCGAGGAGGCGGCGGUGCGGUUGGCCAAAUCAUGCAUAAAGACCCCCAAUGAAAUAGAGCGCUUCAAGGCGCUCGCUGACAAUGCAUAUCAAAUUGCCGUAUCAAAUCAACAAAAGAGCGACGAGUACGCUGACGCACCGGAAGAGUACCGCGACCCACUAAUGGACACCUUGAUGACUGACCCCGUCGUCUUACCAUCGGGGAAGGUGAUGGACAGGUCGGUGAUCUUGCGGCAUCUUCUCAACAGCGCCACAGACCCCUUCAACAGACAACCGCUCACUGAAGACCAGUUGCGUCCAGCUUCAGAGCUCAAAGAGAAGAUAAUUCAAUGGCAGCGCGAGAAGAAAUCGUCGUAAGUGUUCAUAGUGUUCACUCGUAAUGUAUAUAACUAAACAAAUACAUAUAUAUAAAGACUAGACGUUGGAGACUCCAGCCGCUAACGGACUAUUGUCCUAAUAUUAUUGUGAGAUUAUUGUAAGCAAGUUAUUCUAGUGGCAGUUAGACGAGGAAAGAACUGGUUACAGCACAAACCUUUAUUGCUUCAGAAGAAAGGGGCAAAGUAUUAAACGUGU